AGCCUUGAAGCUCAGGGCGCGGGGUGUGUGCGGGAAUGGAUGGGCCAAAGCUCGACCUGAGCUCGGUCCAGAUGUCAGCGUUGCUCGGUGGCCGCACCGGCCAUGUGGUGUGGCACCGUUGGCAUCGUCGGAACAUGGGAACAUGCAAAAAGGAUGGUCACCGGCUGUUCGCUCGACUGUCCACAAUCCAUGGUUAGUGACGGUGACGGUUAGUGCACUGAACCGGGGUUAAGCACGCUGCCCCCUUGGCGAGGGUCUCUGCAAACCAAGGAAGCCGGAUGCACGCCUGAUAGAUGGCAACGUGUCGCCAGACUUGGUUGAAGUCGAUGCAGUUGUUGGACGAUUUGUGUGCUUUUGAUGAGGGUGAUUUGACGACAAAUUUGAGGCCGCCACCCCCUGCAAAGCCAGAUGCGGAGUUGAUCGAGGACACCCUGCCGAUGCCAGAGUUCUUCAAUUGGUGCUCCCUUGCGGCGACGCCCGACGAUGAUGGCAAACGAUCGCCACGACCCUCCUUUUUUGACACAAAUUUCCUGCUACUUGGACAGGUUACAGUGCUCCCCUCCUGCCGUGGAGCUCCACGGCCUCGCUUCGAGACGCGCUGCGCUGCAGAAACCCGCCAUUUCCGCCUGCCUCGGGUUUCACCCCGUUUCGCUGACGCUCAAAUGAUGUGAGUCUUGCAGGUCUUCAAGGGAGGUUUGCAUCCCAGGGUUUCAUUUGGCCUUAAGGAUGUGAGGCUUCCGCCGAACCGCCUGCAGCAUGAAGAUGCUAGCCGGGAGUUGGCUCAUUACAUGGAGGAGAUCAGCAGACGACCAGUAUCUUUUUGCAAGCUGGUGGAGAAGAAGUGGCGCGCCAUGGGCUGGAAUCAGAACAAUGGUACACAGCCGCCCUCACACUCCUUUGGACGCGUCCCUAUGAGACUGCAGAAAUGAAGGAGCUCCUGUCUGAAUAGCUGACUCGCUGCCCAACUCCUGGGAGCCCCUGCCCGGAGGGCAGGGGGCUCUAUUUGGCCGUAUGGACCGAUCCUGGUCAAAGUCAGGUAGAAGGCAGUGUUGCACAGCCUAAGUGCUUGCUUCCUUUUUUUGGUAUCUUUUUUGUGAACUUCCCGAGGGUCAGAUCGUGCGAUCUGAGCACUUGUUGGUACCGGAUUCAAGCCCAGCUUGGGAGCCCUCCCGAACAUCCUGUGA